AAGCAUUGGUAUAUAAAAUUAAAAGAUGUCUAGGAUAUUCUUAAAGUACGUCUGGGAAUUAUAACAACUGCAAGGCAAGAUGCAGGCUGUUUAAGUGACGUAGUGGGGACCUUCUAUAGAUGAAAGCAUUAACUAAGAUUAUCUGCAAUGCUGGAAUGAAGUAACUCAAGAUGAGCAAGCUAAAAGUGGUAGGAGAGAAAAGAACCCACACUGAUGGAAAUAAUGUUCUCUUUAGCCUUACCAAUAGUUCUCGGGUUGUGGGGCUCCUGGCUCAGCUGGAGAAGAUCAACACGGAUUCCACAGAGCCGGAUACUGCCAGACAUGUUACAUCCAAAAUCCUUCAUCUGGCUCAGAGUCAAGAAAAAACAAGGAGGGAAAUGACAACCAAAGGUUCUACAGGCAUGGAGGUUCUGUUGUCAACAUUGGAGAACACGAAAGAUCUUCAAACUAUACUUAAUAUCCUAAGCAUUCUUGUCGAGUUGGUAUCUUCUGGUGGAGGCCGAAGAGCAAGUUUCUUAGUUGCCAAAGGUGGUUCACAAAUAUUGUUACAACUGCUUAUGAAUGCCAGCAAGGAAUCUCCACCACAUGAGGAAUUAAUGGUGCAGACUCAUUCCAUUCUUGCAAAGAUUGGACCAAAGGAUAAAAAGUUUGGAGUGAAGGCCAGAGUUAAUGGGGCGCUGAACGUAACCCUGAAUUUGGUCAAGCAGCACUUUCAGAACUAUCGCUUGGUUCUGCCUUGUCUUCAGCUCCUGCGAGUGUAUUCUACCAACUCUGUGAAUGCAGUAUCUUUAGGUAAAAAUGGAGUUGUGGAGCUGAUGUUUAAGAUCAUUGGACCAUUCAGUAAGAAGAACUCAGGUCUUAUGAGGGUUGCUUUAGACACUCUUGCUGCAUUGCUAAAAUCAAAAACAAAUGCCAGGAGAGCCGUAGACAGAGGAUAUGUUCAAGUGCUUUUAACAGUUUAUGUAGAUUGGCACCGCCAUGACAACCGGCACAGAAACAUGCUCAUCCGGAAAGGCAUCUUACAGAGCUUGAAAAGUGUCACAAACAUCAAGCUGGGAAGAAAGGCGUUUAUCGAUGCCAAUGGUAUGAAGAUUCUGUACAACACCUCACAGGAGUGCUUGGCUGUCAGGACUCUGGAUCCACUCGUCAACACCUCUAGUCUGAUAAUGAGGAAGUGUUUCCCCAAAAACCGCUUGCCACUCCCAACCAUUAAAAGCUCUUUCCACUUCCAGUUGCCCGUUAUCCCUGUGACUGGGCCUGUAGCUCAGCUCUACAGUCUGCCCCCUGAAGUGGACGACGUAGUGGACGAAAGUGAUGACAAUGAUGAUGCUGACUUAGAAGCUGAAAAUGAAGUUGAAAAUGAAGAUGACCUAGAUCAAAAUUUUAAGAAUGAUGAUAUUGAAACCGAUAUUAACAAAUUAAGACCCCAGCAAGUGCCAGGACGGACUGUGGAAGAGCUGAAAGUAUACGAGCGUCUUUUUCCUGAGCUGGCUGACGACUUCCAGGACUAUGAAUUAAUCUCUAAAGAGCCCAAACCUUUUGUGUUUGAGGGGAAAGUUCGAGGCCCUAUUGUUGUUCCCACAGCUGGAGAGGAAGCAUCUGGGAAUUCAGGUAGUGUAAAGAAAGGAGCUAUAAUGAAGGAGAAAAUGUCUCCUAAGGGAGAGGAGGCCAAGGAGGACAUCAAGGGCGGUGACAGGAUGCUGCCGCAGCUCGGUGGUCAGAGCAGAGCGGCUUCUUCUGUACACAGCUUCAGCAGCGACAUUGUGAAGGCCCUAGACCGGAUCACACUGCAGAGUGUCCCCUCACAGACAGCCCCCGGCCUGGCUGCAGGCACUAGGAAAGACUGUGGUCUGCCGCUCACUGUCCUCUCGUGCACGAAAGCAUGUCCACACGUGGCUCCCUGUAGCAGUACUCUUUUUGAUGGACGGACAGUACAGCUUGGGAAGCUGUGUUGUACUGGGGUUGAAACUGAAGAUGAAGAAGACAGUGAGUCCAACUCGUCCGUGGAACAGGCCUGCUCUGUUGAAGGCCCUGAUGGACCAACACUCCAUGACCCAGACCUCUACAUUGAGAUUGUGAAGAAUACAAAAUCUGUUCCAGAAUAUUCAGAGGUGGCUUAUCCUGAUUAUUUUGGUCACAGUCCACCUCCAUUCAAAGAGCCUAUUCUAGAAAGGCCUUACGGUGUGCAAAGGACAAAGAUUGCCCAAGACAUUGAGAGGCUGAUACACCAGAAUGACAUCAUAGACCGGGUAGUGUAUGACCUGGAUAACCCCAACUAUGCCACUCCAGAAGAUGGAGAUGUUUUGAAAUUUAACUCAAAAUUUGAAUCUGGGAAUCUGCGCAAAGUAAUUCAAAUUAGAAAAAGCGAGUAUGACCUCAUUCUGAACUCAGACAUAAAUAGUAACCAUUACCACCAAUGGUUCUAUUUUGAAGUCAGCGGGAUGCGGCCUGGCAUUGCAUACAGGUUCAACAUCAUCAACUGUGAGAAGUCCAACAGCCAGUUUAAUUAUGGUAUGCAGCCACUUAUGUAUUCAGUUCAGGAAGCUCUCAAUGCCAGGCCGUGGUGGAUUCGCAUGGGCACUGACAUUUGCUACUACAAGAAUCACUUCUCCAGAAGCUCAGUUGCUGCAGGGGGACAGAAGGGGAAGUCCUACUACACCAUCACAUUCACCGUCAACUUUCCACAUAAGGAUGACGUUUGCUACUUUGCCUAUCACUAUCCAUAUACAUACUCAACUCUGCAGAUGCAUCUUCAAAAGUUGGAAUCAUCACACAAUCCUCAGCAGAUUUAUUUCCGAAAGGACGUGCUGUGUGAGACCUUAUCUGGAAACAGCUGUCCCCUGGUGACCAUCACAGCAAUGCCAGAGUCCAAUUACUAUGAGCAUAUCUGUCAGUUCAGGAAUCGCCCUUACAUUUUCUUGUCUGCUCGGGUCCACCCUGGAGAAACUAAUGCCAGCUGGGUCAUGAAAGGAACCCUGGAGUACCUCAUGAGUAACAGCCCUACCGCACAGAGCUUACGGGAGUCCUACAUUUUUAAAAUUGUCCCUAUGCUAAAUCCAGAUGGAGUCAUCAAUGGAAAUCACCGCUGCUCUUUAAGUGGAGAGGAUUUGAACAGACAGUGGCAAAGUCCGAACCCGGAUUUACACCCGACGAUUUACCACGCAAAGGGGCUACUGCAAUACCUGGCUGCGGUGAAGCGCUUGCCUCUGGUCUAUUGUGAUUACCAUGGCCAUUCUCGAAAAAAGAAUGUGUUUAUGUACGGCUGCAGCAUCAAAGAGACAGUGUGGCAUACCCAUGACAACGCAGCUUCCUGUGACGUUGUGGAAGACAUGGGAUACAGGACUCUGCCUAAGAUUCUGAGCCACAUUGCUCCGGCAUUUUGUAUGAGCAGCUGUAGCUUCGUGGUGGAAAAAUCCAAGGAGUCCACAGCGCGGGUCGUGGUGUGGCGGGAGAUAGGGGUUCAGAGGAGCUACACCAUGGAGAGCACGUUAUGUGGCUGCGACCAGGGGAGAUACAAGGGUUUACAGAUUGGGACUCGAGAAUUGGAAGAGAUGGGAGCAAAAUUUUGUGUUGGUUUAUUGCGUUUGAAAAGACUGACUUCUCCGUUGGAAUAUAAUCUGCCCUCCAACAUGCUUGACUUUGAAAAUGACUUAAUUGAAUCAAGCUGUAAAGUAACUAGCCCUACCACUUAUGUUUUGGAUGAAGAUGAACCUCGAUUCCUUGAAGAAGUUGAUUACAGUGCAGAAAGCAAUGACGAGUUAGAGGUUGAAUUAGUGGAUAACACAGGCGAGUACGAGCCUUCUGCCCAGGAAGAAGCCCUUUCCGACUCUGAGGUAUCAAGGGCGUACCUGCCUUGAACUUUCUGCCAUCUUUGUUAAUUGCCAAGAAGAGAUGAAAUGUCUUGGUUUUUAUUACACAGAAAAUACGAGAGGGAAAAUUUUUAGACAACUGACUCAAAGAAGACAAAAAAGAACUUGGGCCUGUUUGGUUUCAAGACAAUAAAUAUAUUAUUAAUUCAUGAUAUAAUUGGCAUUUGUUUUAUUUUAGAUAUUCAAUGUACUUUAUAUAGCAUUGAAUUAUCAAAUGAUAGAUUUACUUAAAAACAAAAGAACCCAAGUAUCAUUGCAUGAAUUUUUUAUCUCCUGUGGCACCUGCAUCAAGUAGAUAAAUUUGAAGUGUGUCCAAAUACAAAAUCUAAAUUAUAGUGUUGAAAACGAAUAUACCUGUACAUGGAUUUCUCUAGACAUGCUUGUGUGGAGGUGGGUAGUUACUGAAGAUAAGACUGCUCUUCAGAACCAUGUGAACUGUGGAUUGUGGCUAAAAUAAUCCAGAAUUUGCUUUGAAACCACCCCGUUUUACAUUUAUCAAGUUAAAUAAAAACUGUAUCAAAUGUUGCA